AUGGGAAAGCUACAGCUCUGUCCAGUAGAUUGGAGCAUCCCCGCGCUGACAUUUCCAACAAUGGAUGAGGAGGCAGUGGCCUACUCCUGGAGGGAGGGGGUACGACGACGUGGGGACGGGCCGUCGCUGUCGGACGAGAACGAGGAGGAGUUCUUCUCCAUGUUCCUCGACGCCGAGAAGCUCAACGCGCAGCUGCGCGAGGCGUCGGAGACGGAGUCGUCGUGCGCCUCGGCGGGCGCCGGCGCGGGGCCGAGGCCGCGCCAUCACCACAGCCAUUCCAUGGACGCGUCGAGCUCUUUCGACGCAGAGCAGCUGCUUGGGGCGCCGUCGGUGGAGGGGAUGUCGACGGUGGAGGCCAAGAAGGCAAUGUCCAACGCAAAGCUCGCAGAACUGGCGCUUGUCGACCCAAAGAAGGCAAAAAGGAUUUGGGCUAAUAGACAAUCGGCGGCCAGAUCGAAAGAAAGGAAGAUGCGGUAUAUUUCUGAACUUGAACGGAAGGUGCAAACCCUGCAUGCAGAAGCAACAACAUUGUCAACCCAGCUGGCACUUCUACAUAGAGACACUGCUGGGCUCUCUACCGAGAACAGCGAACUGAAGAUGCGCCUGCAGAACGUGGAGCAACAAAUCCACUUACAAGAUGCUCUGAAUGACGCACUGAAAUCUGAGCUGCAAAGGCUGAAGAUGGCGACGAGCCACAUGGGCAACACCGUUGGGGGAAUGAUGAACUUGAUCGGCCCACCCCCGCCGCACUCUUUCGGAGGGAACCAGCCAAUGUUCCACAUUCAGGGCCAGGCUGCAAUGCAGCCAUUGCACCAGAUGCAGCAGAUUCACCCUCAGCACCAGCAGCCGUUGCUGCAUCCGCUGCAACUGCAAGCACAGCAGCUGCUGUUGCAGCAGCAGGCUUCUGCUGCACCACCACCCAACCCGAAGAUGAAACGGGCCAUCUCCGCUCCGAACCAGUGGAUUGGUGGGUGGUGCGGAUGUUUGUUGAAGGAAAAUGUUACCAACUCAUGCAGAUUCUUCGGAUUUGAGAACUUCUGGGGUCUACAGGUGCGGAUGUCUGUUGAAGGAAAAUGUUACCAACUCAUGCAGAUUCUUCGGAUUGUUUUCUUUGUUUUGAUCUGGGGCCUUUUCAUCGUGGAUUCAUGGUCACUUUUGGUGACUGGCAAGUUUUAA